AUGUCAUCAGAUGAAGAGGAACCAACCAGUCCUGGUUUGCCCAAAGACUCAGACCCGGCCAGCUCUGUAUCAUCUGAGCUUCAGGAUGAGUAUGAAGAACUCCUCCGCUAUGCUGUUGUCACCCCCAAAUUUGAGAGGCUUGCUGGUUCUCAGUCGAAGGGCCCAAACUCCCAGAGAAAAGAUCAAUCUAAACCUCAGCAUCUACCAGCUCUCAUUAAUAUCAGUCCCACCAUCAAAUCAAUCAUUCUAAGAUUGAUGCUUUUGUUUUUAAUGAACAUUAUGUUUUCAUCUAUUUUAAAACAAGUAGAUCCUGAAACGGAAGAUGGGAGGCACUCCAGCAGAAGUGUGAGGUCAUCACAGGCGUCCCCCAUAAUCGUGGAGCCGUCCACAUAUUCUAAAGCUUCUCAUGCUGAGCGGACAGCAGGUCAGUCAUCAGGCAUGGUUUCAAUGCUCUCAGAGAAUUUGCAGACGGCAUCCAAGAGGUCAAGGUCAAACAGCCCAGAGGUCCAGGAAUUUUCUGUCGCAGAGAUGUUUAUUUCUGAAGACAACAUAAGCAAAAUGGAAACUAUUAUUGACACGUGGAGCAACAACCUGAAGUCGAAUGUGCUGACUGAGCUCCGGAAGUGGAAGUAUGCGAUCAUGGAGCAGCACAAGCUGGAGAUGAUGAAGGAGAGGGAAAGGCAUGCAGCCCAGGCAGCUGGCCUGAAGUCAGAGCUGGUUGCCCUGAAGGAGCUGCUGAACACUUAUGAGACUUCCAACAAGAGAAAAGAUGAGGUGAUCCAGAAUCUGAGCCAGGUGUUGGACAGGCAGAAAAAAAAGCUGGAAACUAUGAGGACCUUCAUGCACUGGAGACUCCAGCAGGCUGGUGCCAAAGAAGAGGCUCUUGCUGCUCAGGUGGCUCAGCAGCACUACAAUUUACAGCUGAAGAGGAAGGUGUGGCUGGGUUGGCACAGCCUGAUCCAGAAACACUGGAAGGUGAAGGUGGAGAGAGCGUGCCGCUCCAGGGCAGAGGAGGUCUGCUCCCGCCUGUCCACAGAAUAUGAGGCUAAGCUGGCAGAGCACUGUGAGGCUGUAGAGAAGGCUCACGCAGAGAUUCGGAGGCUUCAUGUGGAGCGGGAGCGAUACGAGGAGUCUAUGAAAAAGGCCUUUAUGAGGGGUGUCUGCGCACUUAACAUGGAGGCUCUCAACAUGUUCCAAUCCACGGAAGGACGAGCAGAGCAGCUGCAAGUUCCUGAACAACACGAUUCUCUGGAUCCCCAGGAGGAAUGUGGACACUCAUCAAUGGCUCAAUUUCAACCAUUUCCUUCCACCUCAAAAAGAUUCAGUCCAGUCCACUUUGAGCGCUCUGAACCUCUACAACGGGAAGCAGAAGAUGUGGUUGGCUCCAGAGGCCCCAAACCACAAGAAGAGAUACUUCCUUCUACUACAGUGGUGCACAGCUCGCUCCCUCUUGGAGGCAUGGCCAGCUCCCACAGACAGUCUGCUGGUGGGGCUGUGACAGCUGGUCAACAAAGGCCCUCAAAGACGGUGACGGCUCGCAUCAGUACGCGAGCUGAUGUCGGGAAGGUCCCACACAGCAGCCUCCAGGUGAUGGGAGUGGCUCCACCAAUGAGCUCUGUGGUAGUAGAACGCCAUCAUCCUGUUACUCAGCUGACUGUUGGACAGGCGAUGGCUGCAAAGUUCCCUCGACCCUCCCAGCAGAGCCACGCCUCUGCAGCAGGAAGAGGCUCAUCUCGAGCCCACACCAGCUCAUGCAACAUCGACUCCAUCAAAGUAGUGGAGUGAUCAUAAAUUUGAUUAAACUGUUUAUUUAUUGUAUGCAGAAAUACUUAUUUGUUCUUUAAACAUUCAUAGGAGGUCUGUUGAGAUCAUAUCGUUUUUUUGUAAAAAGCUCAGUAGGUAUCCUCUAGGGGAAGAACAUGUUUACUUUUUAUUAAUGUAACAGUUUAGAGUUAUAGAUGGAUGUCUACCUCCUCUCAAAAUUUAAUUAUGCACAACCGAAGGUGGAUUUUAUUGUAUAAAAGCAUUUUUAUAUCCAUCAAUGAUUUAGACUAGAAGCCACAGUUUUUUUACUUUCUUAAAAUGAAGUCAUUUUUUAAUGAUCAGCACAUUGCUGUUUUCUAAAUAAAUGUUUUCAUCACAAGCUUC